GGUUCGAGCACAGAUGCGCCCGAAAACCCAGGCCCGGGGGCUAGAUGCUCACCCUCGAGUCAAAUCGUCCCAAAUCGAGUGCGUGUUGCUACGCCCCAAUUGACUCGCAUCACAUUUCGCUUCCGGUAGAGGACCACAGGUUCGGUGGGGUGCAAUCCAGCGAACGGCAGAUGUCCCCUUCGCCCUGCUCGGGCGUUGCUGCACAGGGGGCCAGAUGGAAGCUUAAAGUUCGCAGCGCGCCUGUUGCGACCAACUGUGCGCCGCGUUCUCGGAACCUGCCCAACCUGUCACUCGUUUGUUUCGCUUUUGCUUUCCAGAUACUCCAUUAGUCCAUCAAGGCGGUGUCAACAUGCGUUCCUUCAUUGCUGUCACCCAGUUGCUGGGGUUGGCUGCCGCGCUUCCAAGCGGGGAGAAGAGAGCAUCCAACACCUACGAUUAUGUAAUUGUUGGUGGUGGUGUUACCGGCCUUAUUGUUGCUAACCGAUUGACCGAGAACAAGAAAACAACUGUUCUCGUCAUCGAGGCUGGUACUGACGACUUGCCCUUCCAGCAACGUCUGCCGUACGGGGCGGCCAGUGCUCUGAAUACGUCCUUGCUGUGGCCCAACUAUGUCUCUGAACCAGAGCCGUAUCUCAACAACAAGACAUGGAAUGUCCGUGUCGCUGAGGUUCUCGGUGGAGGCUCCAUUGUCAAUGGCAUGUUCUAUGACCGUGGCUCCGCAGCCGAUUACGAUGCGUGGGAGGCUCUGGGCAACUCCGGUUGGGGAUGGAAGGGAAUCUAUCCUUACUUCAAGAAGGGCACCACUUUCAUUCCCCCGCCGAAGGCCACCGCGGAUGAAUUCGACAUCACGUGGGACACUUCAGCGUACGGCAACGGCCCUCUUCACCUUGGGAUUGCUGACUUCCAGUACCCUGACAUCAAGCCGUUCAUCGCGGCCUACGAAGGUGCGGGUGUCAAGAAGCUCCUCGAUGGCAACAAUGGUGAACAAGCCGGCUUCUCGUGGUACCCUAACACCAUGAACCCGUUGACCGGAGAAAGGUCACAGGCUCGUAACUCGUACUACGACCCAGUCAAGUCAUCGCGGUCGAACCUCAAGCUACUGCUCCGCACCGAAGCGAAGGAGCUUGUAUUCGCCAGUGGCAAGAAGCUCGUUGCCUCGGGUGUGAAGAUUGUAGACAAAACCACCGGCAAAACCACCACCGUCUAUGCCAAGAAGGAAGUCGUACUUGCUGCUGGCUCCAUCAACACUCCCAAGCUCCUCCAGCUCAGUGGCAUUGGACCCAAGUCUGUGCUCCAGGCCGCUGGGGUCCCCGUCAAGCUCGCACACGACGGUGUUGGCGCCAACUUCCAAGACCACCCCUACACCCUUGUCCUCUUCAACCAGUCCUUCUCAAGCACCCCCAACUCCGCCUCUUUGGCCACCGACCCCGCAUUCAACGCAUCCGCAUGGGCGCAGUACGAAGCCAACAAGACCGGUCCUCUCACCCAGGCCCGUGGAAACACACUCUCCAUGGUUUCCCUUCCCAAGGUCGCGCCCAACGACUACAAGAACCUCGUCAAGCAGAUCAAGUCCCAGAAGGACGAUUCCUACCUUCCAGCUAUCUACACUGGCAGCAAGAAGCUCAUUGCCGGUGUCAAGGCCCAGCGCAAGGUCCUCGCCGACCUAUUCGCCAGCAAGGACGCCGCCAUUGUCGAGCUUCCCGUCGGUCCGGGCGGUGGUGGUGUUCUUGUCGGCCUCGAGAAACCCCUCGCCCGUGGCUCCAUCACCAUCAACCCCGCUGACCCACAAGGUCCCCCGAAGAUGCUGUACAACGCGCUCAGCAACCCCGUUGACAAGGCCGUCAUGGCGUCUUGCGUGCGCUUCCUUCGCACUGUCUGGAAGCGUCCUGAGAUCGCGAAGUAUGGUCUUGUCGAGACCUCACCGGGCGCGCAGUACACUAGCGAUGCGGAUAUCAUUGACAAGAUGAACGCUGCUGGCACCAUCUGGCCUACGCUUUCGCAUCCUAGCGGCUCGUGCGCUAUGAUGCCUGAGAAGUACGGUGGAUGUGUGUCGGACAAGCUGCUGUUCUACGGAGUUGAGAAGCUGUCGAUUGUUGAUGCUAGUAUCUUGCCGCUUGUUCCUACUCAGCACAUUCAGUCUACUAUGUAUGCUGUUGGUGAGAAGGCGGCGGACUUGAUCAAGGCCAGGGCGUAGAGGAUGCGUCGCUACAUCUUGUAAUGGGGAAAAUAUCUGCACAUAUGUAGUCUCUAAUGAAGUAAAGUAUUUCUAGUUUCCUUGUGUUGAGUAAAUCAUCAAGUACAAAGUAGACGUAUCUUCGAGAGGGAAAGACUUCUCGCUUAGACGAAAUAUGUACUACCC